AUGAUGGUAUUUGAUUUAACAAUGAUUUGGAAAGGAAAUGAACAAACAUAUGGUAAUUUAACAUUAGCACCAUACGGUGCAUUAGUUGGCAUAGCAUCAACUAAUGUAUCAGCCUACUCAAAUGAAAAUGAUACAAUCAUAUCUAAUGAAUCUAAUUAUCUUUAUGGUAUAUAUAUGGGCAUGAAAUGGCGAAGUGUUGAAUAUGCACGUCGAUGA